ACGGGAUCUCGUUUCGACACGUUAGUUUUGUUGUGUACCUUACGGAAAGUCAAACAAAUCGUUUUAAAUUGAUAUAUUGAUAGUGUCACGGUUUAAAUUUAUUUUGAAAAAUGUGACAAGCAGUUGUUAGACUUGGGUGUUACUGCUUGAUAGGAUAUUAUUAUCAGUUUUGUUUAUAAUUUUUUAAUUAGUAUGGAAUAUACCUGAAAGAUAUAUAUUUAGGAAUAAUUUCAACGUCAAUUGUUAUGGCAGUGUCUGCAAAUGACACCAAAACGACGACGAAAGGGGGAGGGGAACAAAACCUUACGGUGGCUUUAAGAAUACGACCUCUGAACGAAGAUGAAAAUUACAAUGGAGCGAAAAGUAUUGCACAUAAAGUACAAGCCAAGAUGGUUGUACUAAUGGAUCCUAUGGAAGAUCAUGAUGACGUCCUACGAGCUAACAGGUCACGAGAAAAACAGUUUGUUUUCGACUGCACAUUUGACAGCAAUGCCUUACAGGAUGAGGUUUACAAGAAUACAACAAGAUCUUUGCUGCCAAAUAUCAUCAAUGGUUACAAUGCUACAGUGUUUGCCUAUGGAGCAACUGGAGCAGGAAAAACAUACACCAUGUUGGGUACAGAUGAUGAACCAGGAAUCAUGGCCCGGGGACUAAACGAUUUGUUUGUAGAGAUGGACAGAACGAAAGAAGAAAUGAAAUACAAAGUCUCCAUGUCUUAUUUGGAGAUAUACAAUGAAAUGAUUCGAGACUUGUUAAAUCCAUCAUCAGGUAUCCUUGAUCUUCGAGAAGAUGCCAAGGGUGGUGUUCAGGUGGCAGGUCUAUCUGAGGUCACAACAAGGUCAACGAAUGAGGUGAUGGAUAUGUUAUUCCAAGGAAAUAAAGAGAGAACUCAGGAACCUACGGCUGCAAAUAAAACUUCUUCCAGAUCUCAUGCUGUCCUCCAAGUCAUUGUAAAACAACAGAAUAGAGUACGGAAUACGGUACAAGAAGUACGAGUCGGCAAAAUGUUUAUGGUUGAUUUAGCUGGAUCAGAAAGAGCGGCAAGCACACACAAUAGAGGGAAACGUAUGGUAGAGGGUGCACAUAUAAACAGGUCACUACUGGCUCUAGGGAACUGUAUCAAUGCUUUAAGUGAUAAAAAUGGACACAAGUAUAUCAACUACAGAGACAGUAAACUAACGAGACUACUUAAAGAUGCAUUAGGUGGAAACUGUAAAACUGUGAUGAUAGCCCAUAUUAGUCCAGCCUCAUCACAGUUUGAGGAGUCUAGAAAUACACUAGUGUAUGCAGAUCGAGCAAAACACAUCAAGACAAAGGUCAGAAGAAAUGUGACUGACGUAUCAUAUCAUAUAGCCCAGUACACAAACAUUAUCCAGGAAUUACGGGAGGAGAUUCAACGACUGAGAGUUAAACUGAAUGAUAAGACCACUUCUGUCAGCCUCCAUGGAGGAUCUUCUAUACAGGCUGUACAAGCACAAGUAUUAGAAGCAAAGAGAAACUUAGACAAAGAAGAACUAAACAAACUGAAGGAACAACUUUUAAUAUCAUUUAAAGAUCAAAUGGAAUUGAGGAAAAGUUUGAUGGAACUGAACAAUGCCACUAUGGAGAUUAGCUUGGAGACAAAUCGUAAUCAGAUGAUCAUUACUGAAUGGCAAGCAGAGAGAGCAAAGUCAUCAUUACGGAAAGAAGGUGGUGAUAUGGCAGGACAAAUGUCUAAAUCUAUGGAACUGGCUGGUAUAGGAUCAGAUGAGAUAGUUGAGCCAGAGGAAGUUAAAAUUGCAAGGGAUGAGAUCAAAGUUUUGCAUGAUGAAAAAUACAGAACAGAGAAAAUCAGAAGCACAGUGUAUAAAGAACUUGAACAGGCUAAAUCAAAAACAAGAAAACUAGAAGAGACUGUACCUCAGAGAAUCAGCGACGAAGACCAGACAGAGAUCGUUAUGUUGAUGUGUAAGGUACAUGAACUGGAAAUAGAAAAUACAGAAGGACAGUCUGCCUGUCUGAUCAGGGACUUCCAAAUCAAGAAGAAAGAUAUGGUUAUUGUAAGGUUUCGUCAACACAGAACUCUCUGUGAUGAAAUCAUAAGGAAACAGAAAAUUUUAUUAGAAGAGAACAAUAUACCAUUGACAAGAGAUUUAGAAGAACUGAUGGAAUUAUAUAAGUUAGAGAAAGAAGAUCGUAUGUUGUUCAGUGAGGAGACGCUGUUGAAUUUGACUCCAGAAUACAGAAGCAAGGUACCCUCAGUGGCUAGUACACGACUGUAUGGUGAUGGAGAGACAGAUCAUAUGAGUGCUUUAACAGAAGAGGAGGAUCAGAGAAGAGGAAAGAAAAGUGCAAAAAGUGAUGACAAGCUCUUCUCACAGAGUGCUCAGGCAAGAAGGAUAAAAGAAGGAACUUUAUCUGGAAUUUGGAGAAAUAAUUCCAAUAUGAGUGGUCCUGAAGACCGUUCUCUAUCACCAACUCCUAGAAUUACCCCUGGAGAAAAAACAGAUAGGACUGUUAUUGCAACUGGUACUAGAAACAUUGCUGCUUUGGCAGCCAAAAAAAGGACGAUUAUUGAACAAAAAUAUGGUGACACAAAGUCAUUAUAUAGACCUAACAGUGAAAAAGACUUAACGAACGAUGGUUAUUUAUCUCAAAAUAUGUUAGCUAAACAUAACAAGAAAUACACAGAAACAACUUUACCAAUGAUUAAAGAUCCAAGUGAUGACAACUUAUCACAUGGUACUAAAAAUAGUUCUUUUUCUGAUAGUACACUUCCACCUAUUAGACAAGGUCAGAAGAAUUCACUUCAGAGAGAGGCUGAUCUAAAGAAAAACAGAAGAACCCGCGGAAAUGAACUGGGGUACUCACAGCAGUUUGGACGGUCAAGACGACUGAGUGAGAAAAGCAAUGUUAAUACUGCACGCACAGGCCAAAGUUCAGAUAUUGAACAAUGGGGACAUCCUACCCUGACCCCAGCAUGUAAGGGGUUAUUUCCAGAGUUGGCAAAGUCAACUGAAGGAGAUAGAGACCUGGUAUCACCUGUAGGGUACAGAAACAAAACGAAGAGACAGGGAUACAGAGAUUCUUCCAAUGCAAGUACUCCUAAAAGGAAAUCAAAAUCAAAGAAAAAUGUUCCCACAAUCCCAGCAUAUAGACAAGGGGACAUAACCAUCACUGGAUUUGCUGUACCAAGAUAAAGGGAGAUAACUCUUGCCAAACAAGUUGAAGAAUUACUGCUGUUGUGCUGAACCCUGCUCAUCAAUGUAACAAUUCAUACAAUUUAAGUUAUAGACAUGCAUUUAAUAAAUACUUCUGGAUUAUUUGGUAGCUUGCGGAAUCAAAUAUAUGUCCAAAGAAAUUUGUAAAAAUUGAAUAUUUUUAUAUUUAAGUUUAACUACACAAAAACAUAAAACAGCAUAGUUUGUACCUGUUGAAAGUGAGAGAUGUUCUUCAUUUUAAUCAUGAUAAGAAUUUGUGAUCAUAAGAUUAAUAGUGGUUCUUAAUUAUUUGGCAGUUUAUAUUUUAAAUUGCAGAAAAGUUGUUUUUUAACCUGCUAAAGGUAUGCUUAUAGAGAAGUAAUUAUCGAUUGAAUCUUAUGGUUGCAACUUUUCAAGUAACUUUUAUUCAUAUGAAGAUAAUGUCUAAUAUAAUAAUUGCUGUAUGUAAAUUAUCAUUAUGAGUCAUUUUGUCAUAUGAGAAAAGCAAUGCAAAAAUACUCUCAUGUGGUCAAUUCUCUAAUAUAACCACAAUGCAUCAUGAUGUAUUUGUAUUUUCUGUACUGUUACAUUUUAUCAGUCUUUUCUGUUAUUGUUACAUUGUAUGAGUCUUUGCUGUUACUUUGUGAUAUGCAGCAUUUUGUAUAUGUUCUUUAAGUGUCAACUCCAUUACUUCUAUAAGUGCUAGAUAGUAUUUUGUAUGACAAAGGUUACUUUGUAAAAAGUAAUUAGUUAUUGUAAUUUUUGUAUUAUUUUCAUAUUUUUUUUAAUGUAAUUGAUUUUUUUUUUAUUGUUUUAAAAAUUAUUUUGUCUGUAAUUCUUGCAUUGUUAAUUCCAACACCUAAGGCUGCACAUUGAGCUUGACUUGAAAGCGUUUUGUUUUCUUUAGAAGUUCUGCACCCGUUUUUAACAGAGAAAUUGGCUGUACUACAAUUUAUAUAUAUGUUGCACUAAUUACAAUUGUUUGUCAGUUCUGUUACAUUAAGUAAGAACAGAUAUAUGUUGCAUUUGAAAUUUUUGUUUCGUUCACUCUUCAAAUGCACAUAUUUCCCUGUGAAGAAACAUGACGAGGUGAUUACAUAAAAUCUAGCAACAUGGUGACAUACACAAAAGGCUUAAUGAAAAUAUGCAAGACUUUAUGUUCAUAAGGUGAUGGUUGCACUGACCUUUUUUUGGAAAUUCAGGAUUGAGCCAUUUUGUGGGAAUUGGGAAAAAGCCAGUUAAAUCGUCAGGAAAUCUGGAAUUCAGUAUGUAAUUGUAUGGUGAUGCAGGAAGACACAUUAUUUUCACAAGAAUUCUAGAUUGGGCAUUUAUUUUCUUUGGAUGAGACCACCUCUUUUGGAUGAGACCACCUCUUUUGGAUGAGACCACCUCUUUUGGAUGAGACCACCUCUUAUACCCCUUCUUCAUAAGGCAGUAUGGAUUACAAAAUACAACAUUUUCACAUAAGAAUGAUGUUUACUUUUAUUUGAAAAUGUAUUACUUUACAAUCCUCGUAGAAUUUUCUUAGAGAACUUGCAUAUUUUAUCAAUGAAAGGUGACCAUAUCAUCUAUAAGUUUAACUUUUCAGUGUAAAGAAGACAUUCUUGUACAUGUAAUACUCAUCUGCUGUCUCGAAUAUACCAACUUGUAAAUAUGCUUUGAUUCCAUCUUUGCUAGGUUUUCCCUGUUUCUUCCAUAAUCAGAUUCCUAAAGUUUGCUUCCAUAAUUCUUAAUUUCUGUGUUAUGUGUUAAAAAUUGAAUGAUAUUGUUUAACUAUGUAAAAAUGCGAUCUGUGAUACAAUUUAUCUGUGGGUAUACAUCUUUUACAAAUAAUAGUUAUGAUGUUGAGGCCUUCCUUAAAUUAGGUCUUUGUUGAAUGUAAGAGGUUGAAAAUAAUUGUACUAAUUAGGAAUGGUGGGAUGUAGGUCUUUAUAAUGAUUAAAAUACUAUGCAUUCAUAAAUUUUGUAUCACCAACUCUACCAAUUUUAUUGGAAUAAGGAAAAAUUGUAUUUGCAUGUCAACUUAUUCCAUAGUUUUUUUUAAAUUCUACAUUCAAGUCUAUAUAAAAUUUGUAUUUUGGGGAACACUAAAAUUUUCAUGGCCCAUCUAAACCAGAAAUAUCUCUGAACAAUGAUGUGUUUACAGUUCUUUUUAUCAAAUUUGGUCUACUAUAUAUGACCGAAUAAAAUAUUUAACACCAGUGAUUGUAUUACAAGAAAAGCAGAAGGAAACAUUUUGAACCUCUGAGACGGAAUAUUCAACAAAGAAUAAUUUAUGGAAAGAUGUAUUGAGGAUUCAACUUAAUUUAUGCAUAUCAAUUUUCAUGAUUUAAAUUCUUAUAAACCUUGAUUCUGUUUAAUCUUGUUGGCAGAUGAACAAAAUAUUGACAGGAAAUGCCAUCCUGCUUAAUAUCAGGCAAUUAUAAAAUUAUGGCAGAAACUAAAACGCGGUGUUAAUUUACAUUAACCUAAAUACAGCUUAUGUACCUAUUAAAUCAGUGAAAAUUGAUAUACAACAUUUUAUGAUGAAUUGACAGUUGCCUAUUGUUUGUACAUCUAGUCCUUUGUUUUAGUUAUUUAUUAGUUUUUACAUUGUUACAUUGUUACAUUGUAGUUUUGUUUUUCUACAUACUAGGUGAUAUUAGUUUUGUAAAUUGUCUCAUAUUUUCAAUAUAAAUUUGUACUGAAAUUACCCCCCCCCCCCCCCCCCUACACACACACCCAACAACCUACCUGAUGAUAUUCUUUCCAUGAUUUGGUAUUGUUGAUGUGUAAAAAGGUGAAAACUUCCUGAAUCUGCAGUUAAAUUUGUAAUGUGACUCAUUGUGUAUGUGUGUGUGUAAAUAUACAAAUCUACAAUUUGUUAUCUUUUCAAGAUUUUGAAAACAAAUUCCACUAUUUUUGCAAUUCCGACCAAUUGAUGAUGAAAUAGUUUUUGAAACAUUGUAAAAUUUCAAUUUAAAAAACUAUUCCAGGUUGUCUUUGUUUAGGGCUGUUCCAGAACAAAAUAGUGGUGUUAGAGGCACUUCUGUCACCCCUGCUGCCCCAAAUGUAAUUUUAGAAGUUUUAUUUGACUCUAAAAAAUGCGUUCAAAAAGUGCAACCACCCAUGAAAUUUUAAUUACAGCCCCUCUGUACUCUGUAACACCCCCUCCCACACUCACAUACACACAAUUAAUUAUGAAGCAGCCCUUACUUCAAAAGAAACAUUAUAACUUCCAAUUUUUGGAGAGAUAUUUUCAUACAUGUCUUGUUUAUUAUGUUUUACUGUAAAUUUCACAAGUUGAUUUAAACUUUGAUGGAAAUAUUUAAUUAUGUUGAUUACUUUACAAGAUAUCUUGUUAAUGUUUUGCUGAUAUAUAUACAUAUAUAUUGAAAAUGACAUUAUAUUUAAUAAAAUAUAAAUUUGAAAACAAA